GAUUUCCGUUCUUUUUGGUUAACGCUCUUGCUUUGUCUCAUGGUUAAUGGUAUGGACAGGUCACCUUGAACUGUCAUUUAAAUUUUGCCGGAGUUUACUGUUUUCUCGUGUUUCAAUUUUUAACAUUGUUACUUUUAAGUGAAAGGCUAAGUGAAAAUAUAGACAUGGGAGGUAAAUGGUCGAGUAUGGAUCCUUCUGAUGUUGAAGUUCCAGAAAUAAAGACUUUAUUAGAAAGAGAUCCGUAUUUACAACCAUAUGAAAAAGAGAUUCGCAAAAGAUAUGCGUUGUUCAAAGAUUACGUGGAAAAGAUAGAGACUAGUUCUGGCAGCUUAGAUAGGUUUUCAAGAGGAUACGAGACUUUUGGAAUCCAUAUUAACGAAGACAAUAGCGUUGUUGCAAAAGAAUGGGCACCUGGGGCACACGAAUUAUUCUUAAUGGGAGAGUUUAAUAAUUGGAAUAAAACAGCAAAUCCGUACAAGAAAAUGGAGUAUGGAAAGUGGGAAUUGCAUUUACCACCUCUCGCAGAUGGUAGUUGCCCUAUAAAGCAUAACUCAGAAGUUAAAAUAAUUGUAAAGAAUCAUAAUAACGAACUGCUGGAAAGAUUGAGCCCUUGGGCUACGUAUGUUACACAAAAUAAGGCUGAGUCUAAUACAUAUAAACAGCGUUUGUGGCAUCCAUCACCUGAAAACAUUUACAAAUUCAAGCACCCCAAACCAAAAAGGCCGCAGAGUCUCAGAAUUUAUGAGUGCCAUGUUGGUAUCGCAACUCAAGAACUGAAAAUUGGCACAUAUUUAGAAUUUGCCAAAAAUCUAAUUCCUCGUAUAGUGAAGCAAGGUUACAACACUAUACAACUGAUGGCAAUUAUGGAACAUGCUUAUUAUGCCAGUUUUGGAUACCAGGUAACUUCAUUCUAUGCUGCUUCGUCUCGCUAUGGUACACCAGAGGAAUUGAAAGAAUUAAUAGACACAGCGCAUCAACAUGGCCUAUAUGUGUUGUUGGACAUAGUGCAUUCGCAUGCAUCGAAGAAUACUUUGGAUGGAUUGAACAUGUUCGAUGGCACCGAUAGCUGUUACUUCCACUCUGGUCAUCGUGGUCAACAUCCACUUUGGGAUAGCAAGCUCUUUAAUUAUGGAGAAUACGAAGUGUUACGUUUCUUGCUUUCCAACUUACGCUGGUACAUCGAAGAGUAUGGCUUCGAUGGAUACAGGUUUGAUGGCGUCACAUCAAUGUUGUAUCACUCGAGAGGAUUCGGACAAGGUUUCAGUGGUCACUAUGAUGAAUAUUAUGGUCUGAAUGUUGAUGUCGAAGGGGUAGUGUACUUAAUGCUUGCAAACCAUUUGUUACACUAUUUAUAUCCAGAAGUGACUACAAUAGCAGAAGACGUCAGUGGAAUGCCUGGAAUUUGCAGACCCAUCGCUGAAGGUGGAGUAGGGUUUGACUAUCGCUUAGCCAUGGCUAUCCCUGAUAAAUGGAUCAAGCUCCUAAAAGAAGUGAAAGACGAGGAUUGGAAGAUUGGAGAUAUUUGUUGGACGCUGAGUAAUCGCAGGUGGAUGGAGAAGACAGUGGCUUAUUCAGAGUCUCACGAUCAAGCUCUCGUGGGGGAUAAGACUAUAGCGUUCUGGCUUAUGGAUAAGGAGAUGUACACGCAUAUGAGCCUACUAAGUCCACCUAGCCCGAUCAUCACCCGUGGAAUUGCUCUUCACAAUCUGAUCACGUUGAUAACACAUGCGCUGGGAGGAGAAGCAUAUUUAAAUUUCAUAGGUAACGAGUUUGGCCACCCCGAAUGGCUGGAUUUCCCUCGAGCUGGCAAUGGAGACAGUUAUCACUACGCCAGGCGUCAAUGGAAUUUAGUGGAUGAUGAGAUGUUGAAAUACAAAUUCAUGAACAAUUGGGAUCGCGCCAUAAAUACUCUCGAAGAAAAAUACGGAUGGCUGCACUCUUACCCUGCAUACAUAAGUUGGAAACACGAGGAGGAUAAAGUCGUAGUUUUCGAUCGGGCAGAUCUCAUAUUUGUCUUCAAUUUCCAUCCAGAGAAGUCGUUUCCUGAUUACCCCAUAGGAGUGAAGAUCCCAGGAACCUACAGGACUCUUUUGUGCAGCGACGAUCAAGAGUUUGGAGGGGAAACUCGCGUCGACAAGAACGUGCAACAUUUUACCACGCCAGAACCGUUUUCUAAUUAUUCGAACAAGAUGAUGGUUUAUAUUCCUUGUCGCACAGCUAUUGUUUACGGUCGAGAAACGUGAGAAAAUUGUAUUGGGCAUAAUGAAAACAAGGACUGAUAUUAAACUACUAUGCACAAAUUUAAGAAGAAACUAUUUUUUGUACCAAAGCUUUUCAUUAAUAUUUUGUUAGAAGCUGUUAAAGUUAAGAGGAAAGUGCUAAUUGUAAAAUAGUCGCGAAUGGUGUCUUUGGAAACCCUACAAUGAGACUUAGCUGUAACAUUAAUAAUGAAUCGAAUGUGUUUGGUACAUAAUACUCCUAUAAUACUCUUGUCGAUAUACAUUUUUCUACGGUUGAGAAUCAUUCAACUGGAUAAGACUUGUUUGUGAUAUAAAAGUUAAAAUUUAUAUUGUUAUGUUGCUUGUACAUAGUUCUGAUAAUAAAACGAAAAAUAUCCUUUUA